AUGGGAACGAGUUCAGCAGUGAAAGUGUCGAUCAGAGUGCGGCCGUUCAAUAAGCGCGAAUUAAGUAUUGGAGCGAAAUGCGCGCUAGCUGUGGAAGGAGUGAAAUGCACGGCGACAAAUGACAAAGAAGCGAAGACAUUUUCUUUCGACGAAUGUUUCUGGUCAUUCGACAAGUCGCAGGAGUUCUCAUCCCAAGAGAACGUUUACGAAUCGAUCGGCACUGAACUGCUGAAACACGCGUUAGAUGGCUACAACUGCUGUCUCAUGGCCUACGGUCAAACUGGUGCUGGAAAGUCGUUUUCUAUGAUGGGGUCCAGAAAGCAGCCGGGGCUCAUUCCUCAGAUUGCCUCGUCCUUGUAUGAUUUCGCCGCGAAGAAUGAAAAUGAAGGAAUCCAGACUGAAAUAGAAGUCUCGUACAUGGAGAUUUACUGCGAGAAAGUUCGAGAUCUGCUUGGCAAGAAAUCAGACAAGCCCCUUCGAGUCAGAGAACAUCCAGCAUUAGGACCGUACGUAGAAGGGCUCAAAAAGCUGGCCGCAACAAGCUCAGAAGAAGCGCUCCAAAUCAUGUUAUCAGGCAACGCUGCACGAACUGUAGCGGCUACGAAUAUGAACCAGAGCUCGUCAAGAAGUCAUGCGGUCUUUCAGAUUUUUAUAAAACAGAAGAAAUCUGAAGAUGGAGUGAAUGUUUUUGAGAAGAAGUCUAAAGUCGCGCUAAUUGAUUUAGCCGGUUCGGAAAGAUCCUCUUCAGCGGGGACAGUCGGAACACGGCUAAAAGAGGGAGGAGCGAUCAAUAAGUCCCUCACAACUCUUGGCAAGGUCAUACACGCGCUAUCGGAGAAGAAAAAGCACGUCCCGUACCGUGAAUCUGUGUUGACUUGGCUUCUGAAGGAUUCUCUUGGCGGAAACUCUCGGACGUGGGUUCUUGCUGCAGUGAGUCCAGCAGACGACUCUGUUGAAGAAACAUUGUCGACGCUUCGAUGGGCCGAUCGCGCCAGGAAAGUGCAGUGCCACGCUGUGAUCAAUGAAGACCCAACAACGAAACUGAUUAACGCGCUGAGGAGUGAAAUCACCCAGCUAAAAGCUCUUAUGGAGAGUGAGAAGAAAGAUGAUAUUGUUGAAAACUCUGCCGAAGUACAGGACAUGCUACAAGAAAACCAGCGUCUCGUUGGCGAGUUAGAAAAGGACUGGAAUGAGAAAGUAGAUCUUUCCAAAAAGAUUAUAGAGGAGAAAGUCGUUGAAAUGGAGAACCUUGGUGUUUGCAAAAGCGCUGGACUUAGUGUGCCUAAACAGCCGCAUCUUGUGAAUCUGUGCCCCGAUCCCUUACUCUCCGAGUGCUUGUUGUACCUACUCAGUGCCACCACAAAAGUGGGAAGCUCGACUGAAGCAGACAUAACUCUCGAGGGCGACGAUGUGUUAAAGGAACACGCAUCAUUUACUGGGAACCUUUUGAAGCCAGUCGGCGAGGCAGAUCUUUUUGUUAAUGGCCGCAGAGUAGCUGAGUCUGGCGUCGAGCUUAAACACGGCGAUCGAAUCAUUUUUGGAAAGACGCACGUGUUCCGUUUUGCGUCUGGUACAGCACUGAAAGACACAAUCGGCGGCUCUGACAUAGUCUCUGAUACGGCUUCUGUAGCAGCAUCGGAAAUACACUUCGAUUGGGACCAAGCACAAAAGGAGUUGCUCGAUGAGGCCGGGAUCGAUAUGGAGCAAGAAAUGGAGCGCCAACUGCUUACUUAUGCAGAAGAGGCCUAUCGUCGCGAAAAACAAAAGGCUGAAAACGGGCAAACCGAUCCCGCAGAAACGAGCUGGAGGCUAAUUAAAGCGCUGAGAGAUAGACUGCAAGCGAAGCAAGUUCAGAAGAUAAUGAAAACUGCUGGCGUGGUUGGUCAAACUGCUAAUCUGGGCCUGCUCGACGCUGGUGAGAUUAAGUCCCAAGCACCUGAAGCAAGCUGGGUCACCAUGGCCGAUGUGAAACUCCAAGCAGUCAAAGAACUAUGCUAUGAAGUGGCACUUGGAGAUUUUGAUAUGGGCCAGGAGGAGUUGGAAAAGCUUGCAAAAACAAUCACGAUAAACGUGACGAAGCGUUGGGGGAAAGAUGAUCCAGCUUUUGAGGAUUCAUGGCGAAGUGUUCUUCGAGACGCUGCGGACACGAUUGGCCUUGAUGUACAAAUUUCAGAGCCUGACAAAGAAGAAAAGGAAAACAAAAAGGCCGAGAUGGACAAACUUGUGGCAAAGCUCGACGAAGUUAGUAGACGAGAACAGAUCAAGGACAUGGAACUGGCUCAGCUUCGCGCAAAGGUUGUCGCUCAAGAGACUGGUCUUUAUGUUUCCCAUAAAUUUGUCCGUUCGAAGGAGUUCGAUAAGCCUUCGCCCGGGGUCAUUGUCCCAGGUCACUUGGAGGGUGAUGAGAGAAUUGCUUGGCUCAUGGAAAAUGAUCUCGCCUUCAAACGAGGCCGACUUCGAUGGGAGAAACAGCAGAAAGUGCACCAGGACAACCUUGAAAAAAGAGAGAAGAAUAAGCAAAAACGUCGCGAAAGCAAUGCGGAAAAAUCUUCCUCAAACAACGGGAGGCACAUUUCCAAGAAUGAUGGAACGACUUCUACUGACGGCGAAAGCCUCAGUGAGUCUACGCGCUCGUCUGGAGUAAAAUUUGCCACGGAAGUAAAAUUUGACACGGGAAAAGAAGAGAAUCGUUCUCAGCGACAGAAAUCCCGCCGUAGUAGCUCAAAAAAACGAGAUCAGCGCCGUGCUCAAUCAGCUCAUAGAGACCGAGAAGUUUCGCACAACACUAACUACUUGGACCAGGACUUUUCCAGUCCGAGAGAAAACUCUGGACGCUCAAGAAACAAUCGACGCGAGCAAAGUCAGAAGCGGCAAGGCCGCGCAAAGUCUCAAGGGCCAGAUCAGCGUAUCCUAAGGCAAAAGUCAAUAUCUAAAGACGAGUCUAAUAAACUUCAAAGCUUCCGCCAAAGAAAUUCGUACCACCCAAACAACAACAACAACCCACCUCAAAGCCAAAAGUUUGAGCGGCAAGUUUCCGAUAACAACAGAUCAUCCAACUUCCGCUCUGACACUCACGGUCUGUCUGAGCAGCAGAAAACGCCCAAUCUCCAGCGUCGACACUCGCAAAAGAAAGAUAACCACUUCAAUAAUAGCACAGCCCAAAACGGCAAAAACAUGUCAAAGGAGCAUAAACAUGUUCCGUCCCAGCAGUGGGGAGAAGACUUAAGAUUACCUCGCGGAAAGGAUUUCGGAGCCAGCUUGCUUUCUGACGACCGGCGCUUUCAAGACAACCACGACCACCGUGGAAACAAGAAAAAGAAAAGUCAAAACGAUAGGCGAAAAGACCGCCAAGAACGUCAAGAGCCGAAAGAAUCCAACUACGACCGCGAAGUUACAUUCAAGAAUAACAAAAAGCCACAAGAUGGCGUGUCAGCUAAUGGAGAUCACCGCAAACCUUCGGACAACCGUUCACGGCGCCCAGCAAGGGAAAUCGUGAUGUACCAGCCGCCGCAUCGGCGAUCUGACGCCUAA